UGCAUCACGAAAUUUCAGUAGCAACUUCUUCCUCUUCUUUCUUCCUCUUCCCUGUCAAUCGCCAGACUUUGUUUCGUUUUAACUGCGCCUCUGUGUGGAUGACUAUGAGGCCGUACUUGGAAUUAUUUGAAACAUUGCGGUGAUAGAACAACAUCAUCUGUAAAAACUAUGCAUCGCAAAUUCCAGACGACUCUCGACACGCUUGGUGCCAUCACGAAAAGGAAGACUGACAACUGAGCCUGGCGUCGAUUGACAGUGACCUUUCCUGUACGCGAUUGACUCGAAAUAGAAGAGAGAAACCCUAAAGAAAGCUGGACGAGAAAAGCCAAGAAAGAAGAAGAAAGAAGAAUACAAAGAAGACAAUACAACGCUUCUUUUUGCUAUGGCUUUGCUGCGACUGGCCACUACCUUAUUCGGCUUGGUCGUGAUUAUCGGCCAUCUGAUUCCAACCGCACGAGCCGGCAUUGGCUACUUUUGGCAUGUGACUGAUUUCCACUAUGAUGCGAAUUUGACCGGGGCUGGAGAUGGAAGUUGUGGGAACGGACUUAAUAAAAAAAACGGACUUGUUGGAAACAGCAAUAACCAAGGGCACCAAAAUCAGCAUGGCGUCGAACGAUUCGGCAGCUAUCGAUGCGAUUCAACGUGGCAACUGGUGGUCAGCGCCGUGCAAGCCAUGAAGUCCAUCACCGGAGAGGAUAUUGAAUUCCUCCUCUGGACCGGGGACUCGGCUGCAAGAUGGAUGGCAGCACCAGGUGACGAUGGAAAGAGCCGAGUUCACGAUGCAGUCAGCGCCGUAAGUCUUCUAAUUCGGCGCUACUUCCCCGGCACAGCCGUUUAUCCCGUUGUUGGGGGAGCAGACGUUUGGCCGAGGGGUCAAACAUCUUUUGGCAACAUAGCACAGCCCUAUCACGAAUUGGCAAAUUUAUGGCGAGCUUGGCUUCCACCAGAGGCAGAGGCAACCUUCAAGAAAGGAGGUUACUACGUCAUCGAACAGGCACGUUUACAAUUGCAUUUGAUAGCACUCAACACUAAUUACUAUUCGGAAGUCAAUCACGCUACGGCCGAAAAUGACGACAUGGAUCCAGGUGGGCAAUUUGCCUGGUUUGAAUCCAUUCUCUUGAAGGCACGGCGAAGAAGAGGAACGGUUUACAUUUUCGGACACGUACCACCAGGCAUUUAUGAGCGACAUUACAGCCGCCAGGCUCUUCACUGGUUCCAAGAUCGUUUCAACCGAAGAUAUCUGAACAUGGUGCAAAGCUAUUCCGAUGUAAUUGCCGGCCAGUUUUUCGGACAUGCCCAUACGGACAGCUUUCGCGUGAUAUACGACGACAACGGUCGUCCCAUAUCCUGGAUCCUUUUGGCGCCUGCUGUUUCUCCUCGCGAACCUGGAUUGGCUGAAGGCACUGGCCCGAACAAUCCAGCUAUUCGUCUGAUCAAGUUUAACACGAACGAUGGCCAGGUAUUGGACUAUUCGCAGUACUACUUGAACUUAACUGAAGCAAAUGCCAUUGGUCGAGCCGAAUGGCGUCGUGCAUAUAAUUUCACGCAGCUGUACAACAUGCCUGACGUCAACCCGAUCGCGCUGCACAACGUGGCGGCUGCUAUGCUGACGCAUCCGAAUGUGUUCCAGAAUUACUACACCGUCAACCACAUGCUGCGAGACGGUCUACCCUAUUGCGGCUCACUCUGCCGACAAGUUCACUUCUGCUCGGCCACGCAAAUCGAUUAUGUUGAUUACGACGAUUGUAUUGUCAGUGCUCUAAUGGCCAGCAGUAGAAGCAGAGCAACUAGCUGGAAAAAUCAUAUCGCAACCACCUGCUGGAGACUAAUUCUUUUGGUGAUCCCUUUUCAUUUCGUCCUUGGUAAUAAGCAAUUAUAAGCAGCCGAACUCUGUUAGGGAAAACAAGUUCAUCCAAUAACUACCUGUUGGAGACUCGUUUAGUGAUCCCUUUUGCGUUCACCCUUGAUGAGCUAGUGGCAAAAAUCUGAUACUCUGAAGCCAUUAGAACCUACCGGACAACUCGUGGUUCCUUUCUGAAAAUUUCAGCUGCACUUUGAAACAGAGCAGCCAUUUGCACUAGUACAAGUGGUACAGUGGCCUUGGUGGAUAAAAGAGAAUUACUUCCACUUUUCUGUAACGCCAUACAGAAACAGUGCAAUACUAACUUAUACAAGUAAACCAGUCACAGAAGUGAUUUUUCUGAAAGAGCGUGCUCGUUUGAAGCACACAGAAUGUGAAAUAUAAUGCGUGGGCUCCAAAAUAGGACCUUUUCGUAAUAAAAAUCUCUUCGUUUUACAUUUAAAAUGUCUGUCAUUGUUUGAAAGUCGAAAAAAAAAUGCAUGAAUUCUGUUGAAAAACUGGUUUUUGCUUGAAUUUUCAUUGUUUAAUGUUGAUCACAAAUUGUUUUAUAUUGCAUGUUCAUAUUUGAUUACGGCAUAUUAUUACUUGUAUAUUGUAAAUACAUCAUGGGAGGAAGCCAUUGCCUGACAGGCUGCUUCUCUAAUACAUAGUAUGAAGCAAGGCAUUCUUAAAUGCACAAUGCCAUUUACGAAU